AUGUCGAAUGCUAAGUACCAUCUCUCACCCGAACAGCUUGCUGCUGCAGAGGAAAAACGCUUGAAACGUCAAGCUAACAGGUCCGCCGUACAGAGAAACUCUCCUGAGCCCCAAAGACAACCGCAGUUUUUAGCCAGGCCUUGGGUUUCACUAUCCGAUUCUUGCAAGGAUGUACCUGGAGCUUACACCGUGAAGAUAAUGACCUGGAACGAGGCAGAUCGUCAGGACAAGUUGUUCCCUGUCUUAAAAAAUGCUGGGUACUCCUAUACCCCCAUGGCUUGCGUCGUCGCUUAUAAGCAGGAUAUGUUCCGGAUAGUGGGCGAAAAGGUGGUACAAUACGAUGACGUUGAAGCAAGGGAGAACGCCCCGGUCAGCCCUCAGGCUCGGAUCGCCUCCAGUCAUCGGACGAAGAACAUCGGCUCGCUAGUUGCAUUGGAAAGGGUGGAUACCGACAAAGUCGGCUACAUCGUCGCUACGACACAUCUGUUUUGGCAUCCUGCAGGAUACAGGCAGGCAGGACUCCUACUUCGUGAGGUCGUCAGAUGGAGAGACCUUAUGCAACUUCACGAUUGGCCCUGCAUAAUAGCUGGAGACUUCAACUUCUCUCCUGAAGAUCCUGCCUACUCGCUACUGGUUGGUGACCCGUUGGCGGCAGAGCAAAAACAUUCGUUGGAUGUUUCACGCGUGGUACAUGUUUCCAUAGAUCCCGGUGUCUCGAUGUCCUCAACAACGGAACCCGAGGAGGGAGAGGAAGAGGAUCCUGAUAGAGUUAUCCGCAACUCUCGGGUUGCGGAGAUUUCCGACGGGCUCUUAUCAGACUCUGAACUUCUUGACCUUUUCCGAUGUCGCUUGCGGAGUGCAUACGACGAGGGUCAAAGGGUGUACAAGGCAAUGGCAACACCGACCGAUGUUGUGACAUUCGGCGAUAGGAUACCAUUUUCAACUGCGAGAUUGGGUACGAACGAGCCAAUGUGGACCAGCUAUACACAUUAUUGGAAGACAACUUUAGAUUAUAUAUUCUUCCUAGACUCGCCACGCACACACACGGAAGUGAUAGGUUAUCUUCAACCACAUCGCACGGAGAAUGUCAUCCAGGGCUUACCUCAACUCCGGAUUUGCGGCAGCGAUCACUUUUCGCUGUGUGCCCAACUUAGGACGUCCAUCUCUCCAUGUGAAGAGUAG